AUGGAAGGCCGUGAACGCUUCACUGAACCACGCCCUUCAACAUGGACGCUGGUCACCAAAGUCAACGAGAAACACCGACAGUUGGACGAGAGUGACUAUGAGACUUACAAAACCCCCUCUUCUGCUUCGGCAUUAUUCGUCUGUCAAAACGUCGACAAUCCCAGCGAAGAGGCCCUGAUGAGGAUCUACAUGCAGCUUCCAUACAAGGGCUCAGAAAUGGACCGUCCCGAAGAAAGGGCAGAACAGGCUUCAGAAACACUCGACUCAAUAGCUCAAUCAGAAUUCGAUGCUCUCCAGCGCUUGACGGAGAAGCGCUGCGAAUCGACGCCUACCCUCCUAGGCUACAAAAAGGACAAACAAGAUGAAGAUGGAUUUGUUCCUGGCGGCUACAUCUUCUACCUGUUGAUGAUUCGAUUACCUGGCAUUCGCCUCGGGCACAACAUUGAAAUGGAUGCCCUCUUUUGGACUUUGCCUGAUACCACGCGUGACGAUAUUCGCGAGGCAUUCAAGGUUGCUCACACGAAUCUUAUCGAUGCAGGUAUUUACCCCAUGUUCACUGCACUUAAACGUCCUCUCUGGGAUGAGGAGUCAAAGAAGAUGUAUUAUUCCUUCUCCCGUUCUUCUUUCUAG